CGAGCCGUGCCGUGCCGGGGCCAUGUCGGUGCGGACGCUGCCGCUGCUGUUCCUGAACCUGGGCGGGGAGAUGCUCUAUAUCCUGGACCAGCGGCUGCGCGCCCAGAGCAUCCCCGGAGAGAAGGCGCGCAAAGAUGAAUGGACAGAUGUGGACAGGAAACGAGUGAUGAACGACAUCAUCAGCACCAUGUUCAACAGGAAAUUCAUGGAGGAGCUGUUCAAGCCCCAGGAUCUGUACUCCAAGAAAGCGCUGCGCACCGUGUACGACCGGCUGGCCCAUGCCUCCAUCAUGAGACUCAACCAGGCCAGCAUGGACAAGCUCUACGACCUCAUGACCAUGGCCUUCAAAUACCAAGUGCUGCUGUGCCCUCGGCCCAGGGACGUUCUGCUGGUCACCUUCAACCACCUGGAUGCCAUCAAGGAUUUCAUCUCUGACUCCCCUGGCAUUCUGAACCAGGUGGAUGAGACCUUCAGGAGGCUGAUCGAGACCUACAACCCUCUCUCUGAUGGUGAAUUCCAGCUCAUCAGGCAAACACUUCUCAUUUUCUUCCAGGACAUGCACAUCAGGGUCUCCAUCUUCCUGAAGGAUAAAGUGCAGAACUCCAAUGGUCGCUUUGUGCUGCCAAUCUCAGGGCCUGUCCCCUGGGGCACAGAGGUGCCAGGGCUCAUCAGGAUAUUCAAUCACAAAGGAGUGGAAGUUAAAAGGGCUGAGUUCAGCACUGCUGGGAAUUAUGUUACUCCACAAAGGGAAGGAUCUUUUGAGCUUUAUGGAGACAGAGUCCUCAAACUUGGAACAAAUAUGUACAGCGUGACCCGGCCAGUGGAGACACACAUGUCAGGAUCUUCCAAAAACCUGGCAUCCCAGGCAAAGGAGAACAUAGCCCCCAACCCUCUUGCUAAAGAAGAGCUGAACUUUUUGGCCAGGCUGCUGGGAGGUUUGGACAUCCAGAAACCUGCUGGUGAUUCAGGAUUUCGGCUGAACUUGUUCACCACCGACGAGGAGGAAGAACACGCUGCACAGACCAGACCAGAGGAGCUGUCCUACAAGGUUAUCAACAUUGAAGCCACACAGGAGCCGGCGCGGCGGGCGGAGCUGUCCCGCAUCCUGGGCGAGCUGGACGUGGCGGAACCGCGCCCGGGCAGCGCCGGGAAGGGCGAGGACCUGCUGGCACUGAUGGACGGGCUCUGAGCGGGACAAGCGGACACCGGGACAUUGGGACACGCGGACAUCGGGACACGCGGACACCGAGACAAGCGGACAUUGGGACACGUGGACACUGGGACAAGUGGACACCGGGACAAGUGGACACCGGGUCUUGGGGACAUUGAGCAAUGCGGACACAGCGGGACAUGUGGACACCGGGACAUUGGGACAAGCGAACACCGGGACACGCAGACAUCGGGACACACGGACACCGGGGCAUUGGGACACGCGGACAGCGGGACACGCGGACACCGGGACUUGGGGACAUUGGGACACCGGAACACGGACAGCGGGACUUGGGGACAUUGGGACGCACGGACACCCCGCGUGGCCGCCCCGCCCCUUUCCGCCGUGGGCGGGGCGAGGGGCGGGGCCGCGCGUG